CUUGAAACACCUUUGAUUAUAUUUAGAACCGAAAUUUGGGCAAGCUAAGUAUGUUUAUCUCAAGGUUUUUUGUUUUAAGGGGAACUAUAAUAACCAGCUUUAUAUUACAUUACAUCUCAACUGAUGCAUACUUUUGCCAUUGAUUCACUACCACUCAAGUCAUGACUUCAGUUCAAAGCGGCAGCUUCUGGCAACAUUCCCAGUCGUAUUUAGAUGAUGAAAUCCUGAUAAAGAAGCUCCUCCUUAGCCAUGACCCGGACCGCCGUCGCCUCAAUUCCGAGAUGCUACUUUCUGCAGUGGAGAACAUCGUGUUUCAUGCUACUGCAUCAGAAGAACUAGUUUCUGACAAACCUGUUAAUGCAAAUUUCAAGAGUAACAUUAGCAACAUUGAACUAAUUGAAUCACCAGAACCACUGAUGCAUACCAUCUAUAAAAUUGCACAUGAGAUGCUUUGCAAGAGCCCUGGUGAAGAGGAUCUUCAUACGAGAACAAUGGCGUCGUUGGAUUUACUGGGAAGCCAUAGAUGGGGUGCGAAAGCUGCAUUAGCACUUGCGGCUUUUGCAAUUAGCUAUGGUGAAUUCAGCCUCCUAAUGCAGCUACGCCCUCAUAUUCCCUUGGCGGUAUCAAUUGCAAAUUUUAAACAAAUUCCAAGUAACAUGAGCAUGUUGAAGCCUCAAGUGAGGGCCUUAAGAUCGCUUUCUAAGACCAUGGUGGACUUGACAAAGUGCAUCAUCGAAUUUGAAGCUCUGCCUCUUGUACAUGUUGGACCAGAUAUGGAGGACCUAGCCGUGAUGAAGCCCAAAAUCUAUGUUACAGCUUACUGGAUCAUUAGAAGCACAUUGGUUUGCUCUUCUCAAAUCAAAAGCCUGAUGGCCAUGAAGCCUGAGCAAGUGUAUUCAAAUAUAACGAUUGCGGCAUGGGAGCUCUUGAGUUUAGACAACAGGUUAAGCAGCAUAUACAGUCACCUUAGGCCGCAGGUGGAUGCUUUUCGUCGACAAACAGAGGCAAAGAUGCACCAGAAGCUACUGAGCCUUUUUAAGAAGUCCCAUAUCGACAAUCAAAACGUUCUUCAGAUGUUGUUUGCUCUAAAAGAUGACUUGCCACUUAAGGAUUGUUCUACACAAGAAAAGUUAGGUGUUUCUGCAUUGAAAAGCAAGGUUGUCCUACUUCUGAUUUCCAAGCCAGAUCUCCUUCCAUUUGAGCAGUUGUUUUUUCUAGUGAACCAAACAUAUGAUCAUCCUCACAAUGACAAGAUAGAAGGAAGCUAUGCCAUUAUAUGGGUUCCCAUUUCAUUUUAUGAAGCAUGGACAGAUGCCGAGCAGAAAUUGUUCGACUUUAUAUCAAACUCCAUGCCAUGUUACUUGGUACGACAACCUUGGUCUCUAAACUCUGCUGUGGUAAACUUCAUGAAACAAGAAUGGAACUAUGGAGGUGAAGCCAUUAUGGUAGUUUUGGAUUCAGAAGGGAUGAUUACAAACUUGAAUGCGCUUGAUAUGGUAUUCAUAUGGGGUUCUAAAGCAUACCCUUUUUCACUUUCAAGAGAAAAUGAGCUUUGGGAUGGGGAGCAAUGGAAAAUGCAACUUAUCACAAAUGAAAUUCACCCCAUCCUCACACAAUGGGUUGAAGAAGGGAGAAAUAUUUGCAUCUAUGGAAGCGAAAACUUAGAUUGGAUUAGAGAAUUCAAUGCUAAAAUGAAAGAUAUAAAGGAUGCAGGUAUGCAGCAUGAGAUGAUAUAUGUUGGUAAGAAUAACCCUGGUGAACAUACAAAAGAGAUUUUAAGCAUUAUGAAUAGAGAAAUACACAGCAACCUACUCUCUUUCACAAAGAUACAGCUCUUUUGGCUUAGAUUAGAGAGCAUGAGAAGAUCUAAAUCCAGACUAGGGAACAAUGCCAGUACUGAUAAUGUUGUAGCUCAGGUCUCAGCCUUGCUGGAUAACAAUAAUGACAAUGGCUGGGCAGUAUAUGGCAAAGGAUUGUCAACAGAUAUUGUAAGGGUUGAAGGGGAUGAAAUCUUUCGAUGCUUGAAUCUGUUUCGACAGUGGGGCGAAAAUGUGGGUCGGUUGGAAUUCAUAGAUGCUCUCAGGACUGUCCUUGAGCCGCCUCUGGUUGAUGGGCCUUGCAAUCACACACAAGUUGUUCCUUAUUCUGAAGGGUUAGUUCAAGGAAACAUGGUAUGCCAGAAUUGCAAGCUGCUUAUGAAGAAGUUCACCAUCUAUGAAUAAAUUGUCAGUAAUUAAAGUAGGAAAUCUCAGUGAAGAUUUUCCGACUCAAAAAACUUUUGUUGAAUGGACUGAUGAUAAUGCUGAUUUAAUCAUCACACUUCUAUGUGAUCAUUUCCGAAGCUAAAUAUUUAUUACAAAUAAAUUUAACUUAGAUGAA